UCUCUCUCUCUCUCUCUCUCUCUCUCACACACACACACAAAUGGCUUCAACUGAAGUAGAAGAACCAUCACAACCACUGGAAUCCAAGAAGAGAUGGGUUUUAAGAGUUUCCAUACACUGUGAAGGCUGCAAACGCAAAGUCAAGAAACUUCUUCAAUCUCUUCCAGGAGUUCAUGAGAUAGAUAUUGAAACCAAGCUACAGAGAGUUGUGGUAACUGGGGAUGUGUCGCCGGAAAGUUUAAUCAGAAAACUGGUAAAAGCAGGGAAACAUGCGGAGUUAUGGCCGGAAAAUCCACCUGAGAUUCCUAAUCAGAAAACUCAAAAACCACCCACCAGCAGUCAUGGUGAAGAAUCUGUCGUCUCUAGGAAAGAUAUCAAGUCACCGGCGAUUAGAACGGAAAUCCCAGUUGCAGAUCCGUCAAAAGCUAGCAGUACCACGGUUUCUGGCGGCUGCGUUACGGCAGGUGACGGUGGAAAGGGUGGUGGGAAGGUUGAUGAAGGUGUUGGUAAAAGUGAAGUUACAGGUGGAGACGGAAAGGUGGCCAUAGAGGUUACAGUUGAAGAGAAGAAACCGGAGACCGGAUCGGCGGGUAACCAAGCUUCUCAGCCGGUGGUUGAGAAGAAGGAAGAGCAAACCGACCAAACCGAUGGUGGCGGCGCUGGUGGCGGUGAAGGGAGAAAGAAAAAGAAAAAGAAAAAGAAAGCUGAAAAUAGUUAUGAAAAUGGUAUUGGAGAAACAUCAUCACCACCAGUUUUUGGAGGAUCCGGUAAUGAUGGUGGUAGGCCACCGGUAACAGCGUCCAAUCAAAGCCCUCCACGACAUCAAUACCCGCCACCUUAUUAUUACACGCCGCCGCCGCCUCCGCCUCCAGUGUACACGGUCAGCUACAACGCGGCUCAUCCUCCGAUAAACAGCUAUACGGCGUCGUAUUAUGCAACCCCACCACCCCAAUCGUAUGCCUAUUCGCAUUAUCGUUCAGAGAUGGAACCACAAGCACAUCAUCAACCGUCGGAUUUUGAUUCGUAUAGUGAUCAGCCGCCGUUGGAUUCGUUUGAGAUGUUUAGUGACGAAAAUCCAAACGGGUGUUUGGUUAUGUGAUUAUCGGGUCGGGUGUACGGAUCUUAUACUACUACUCGUAUGAGUAUAUGAGUAUGGUGACAUCAAUUUUUGUAA